AUGGCACGCCCAAUUCGGGUGCUGUGUCUGCACGGGUGGCGCACGAGUGGCAGCAUUUUACAGCGCCAGACCUCCGCUCUACGCCAAGCGUUUGGUCCAAAGGCCGAGUUGGUGUAUGUAGACGCUCCAUGGGCCGCUUCGGGCCCUGCGCCGGAGCUGGUGCGCUCGUUCUACGGCAAGAACGGCCCGUUCUACCAGUGGUGGGACGCUAUCAAGCGCGAGGACGGCGAAACCUACCGCUACGAGGGCUUCGAGCAUUCUCUGGACUACUUAACUGGUCAAGUGCAGGCUCUGGGCACGGUGGACGCCGUACUGGGCUUCUCCCAGGGAGCAGCCGUAGCCACCUUAUUAACUGCGCACUACCUUACGAUGUACGGCUACGUACCCUGGAAGGCCUGCGUCCUAGUAGGGGGAUUCUACCCUCGCAGCCCAGAGACGCUGGAACUACUAGAGACAGCCAAAACUUCAGUCGACGGGGCCAUCGACGUCCCGUCGGUCCAUGUGAUGGGCAAGGCAGAUCCCCGAGUUCCCUUAAUGGAGAAGCUGUUCAGAAGUUACACCAGCACCAGACGCGUCAAGUUCGAGCAUGACGAAGGACACAAAUUCCCGUCCCCACUUAAGUACAAGCAAAUGUACCAUGACAUUGCCCAAGAAGUGCUCUCCAUGACAGGCCAGGCCUGGGCGUGA